AUGGCUGCCGUGGUCGCUGCGCGCCGUCGCACGCCCGGCGCCACCACCUUCAUCACAGCAACUCUAGCACCGUUUCUGUAUCCCUCUCUCCUGCUGCCCACAUCCGCUCGUAUCGCCGGCUUCCGGACCCCGUCACGCGCAGCGGUAGCAUCCGCCGCGCCCCCGUCACCGCGUCACGCCGCUGGCCAUGUCCGCCGCCGCUGGGCCAGCACCACCACCGCCCGUGACACCGUCAACGACCUCCCCGAAUCGCGCCUCAACCCCGCCCCCGACGACUAUGCGGCCGCCAGCUUCGCCGAUCGCGCCGAGCUGACCCUCUACGCCGGCCGCGGCGGCAACGGCUGUGUCUCCUUUCUCCGCGAGGCCUACAUGCCCGACGGCCCGCCCAACGGCGGCGACGGCGGCCCCGGUGGCAGCGUCUACAUCCAGGCCGCCCACGGCGAGACGUCGCUGCACAAGAUUUCCCGCCGCCGCUUCGUCCGUGCCGGCCGCGGCCGCCACGGUCAGGGUAGCUCCAAGAGCGGCACCCGCGGCGAGGAUAUCAUUCUUACCGUCCCCGUCGGCACCGUCGUCCGCGAGCUUGAGCGCGAGGAUCCCGCCACCGACGAGGCCCUCCGUGUCAAGCUGUACCGCGCCGAGCUCAAGGCCCGCCGUCGCCGCGAGGCCGAGCUAGAAGACGAGGAGCGCCGCGAGAGGAAGCGCGAGAGGCUGCGGCUGGAGCGGCUCGCCGAGGAAGGUGGUGUGGAAGACGAGGACGAUCCGCUGGCCGAGACGGACGAGUGGGAGGAGGACAUGAGCCGUCGCUCGCACGCCCGCCUGGCCAGGCACGACCAGCGCCAGCAGGAGGAGGCACUGGAAGAAGACGAGAUUGAAGACCCGCAGCGGCACAAGUGGCUACUCUACCCGGGCAUGACCAAGAACGACAUGAAGUCGGCCGAGUUUCCGCGUCUGCCGCGGCGCACCCGGCUUCUGCAGCAGCCGCCCGCCCCCGUGCAGCUGGACCUCUCGCGCCCGACGCCGCAGCCAAUCUUACUCGCGGCCGGUGGCGUUGGUGGCCUGGGCAACUCGCACUUUUCCUCGCGCGAGCACCCGCGGCCCCUCUUUGCCACCAAGGGCGACGACGCCGUCACCAUGCGCAUCACCCUCGAGCUCAAGCUGCUCGCCGACGUCGGCCUCGUCGGCCUGCCCAACGCCGGCAAGAGCACGCUGCUGCGCAGCAUCACCAACAGCCGGACCCGCGUCGGCAGCUGGGCCUUUACCACGCUCCAGCCGAAUAUCGGCACCGUCGUGCUCGACAAGUACUCGGGGCGGCCAGUCAAGGUACCGGCGUCGCGCCCGCUGCCCAGCGGCGUCGCGCCAGCCAGCGCGCCAGAGGCGGAGGAGGACGACCGCCCAGACCCGCGGACGCGCUUCACCGUCGCCGAUAUCCCGGGGCUCAUCGAAGGCGCGCACCUCGAUCGCGGCCUCGGCGUCGCCUUUUUGCGCCACGUCGAGCGCGCCGGCGUCCUCGCCUUUGUCGUGGACCUCGCGGCCGGCGACGCCGUGGCCGCCCUGCGCGCUCUCUGGCGCGAAGUCGCCCUCUACGCCGCCAUGCGCGACGAGGAGGAGCGCGCCCGCGCCGCCAUCCGCUGGCACGACGAUGACGGCGACACUGCCACGUCAGACCCCUUUGCCGCCGGCGGACCUGUCAACCCCGCCAUCGCCCAGGAGCACGACAAUGCCGACACCUCGGGCACCGUCGUCAUGCACACCGCUGCGAAGCCAUGGUUCGUCAUCGCGACCAAGGCGGACAAGCCCGGCACGCGUGACAACUUCAAGGCGUUGAAGACGUACCUGGAUGCCGUCACCGCGGGCGACGAGCCGCACCCCAGCGGCGUCGAGGACGCCUGGACCAAGCGCUGCACCGCCGUGCCUGUCAGUGCCAUCAAUGGCCAGGGCGUCGACCGGGUCGUGCACUGGAUGGUCGGUCUUCUCAGCGGCGAGCAUUGA